ACCGGCAGUGGCGCGGGUCAGUCUGUCGGGCAACCGGUCGGUCUGUCGUUCCCUGCUCGUUUCGCUCGCUCGGUCUGGGAGUGUAAACGAUACAUCAAGCAGCUCCGCUUUUUCGCGCGUGCGAAAGAGAAGCGAAUUGGUGUCUUUGCGUCGACGUAACUUUUCCUCGCGUCCCCAUGCUGUUAAUGGAGUGCUACUCCGGCCAACAUUUGGCCGGCGUCAUUUACUUUUGGAUCACAUUCACUACCGAUCGCCGAUCGCUAAACGUCAAGGCUAGCUAUUUGGCGUAGUUCUAGUGUUGUGCUCCGAUUUUUAUCGCUGCUCCAAUAAGGACUCUGAUCAGUUACAACGUUGUACCGUACUCCACUGACCAUGCAACGAACGCAGCGAUCGUAACCGACCACUCCAUGCCCGAUUCCAUUCGUAGGUUUUUCGUUCCUUCACACACACACGUGCUCCGUCAUCUCCUUGCACGCGAUAUACGCGCGUAUGUCGACAGCGAGGACUCGGAGUUGAUUUGCACGAUUGUAGGAGAGGAUGCUGAUGCCGCUUCAGCGGUAUUCGCGUAUCGAGGAUAGAAGCACAUACGGUCUUCCGGACAGCAAUUAUCAAGAUCGAUAUCGUUUUGACGCACGACGCCCGUAGCGUCACGGCGUCAAACGGAUCCGCCCUGAGACGCUCUCUGACUAGUUUGUCGGUAGACCCCACGUGGCUCAGGAAGCAGCGCGCGAGGUGAUGUUGCUGGAGUCGCGAGGUCUCGCUGGUAGGAAGAGAAACGGACUGACACUGACCUCGUUCGGCGACGGUGGCGGCGGUGGUGGCGGAGGCGGCGGAGGUGGCGGUGGUGCCGGAGGAGCCGGCAGCGAGGAGGACGACGAGGAAUCUCGACAUCACCUCUACCUGGGUAGGAAGAUGCAGGGCGAGGGCACCGCCACCUCCGCGGUAUCUACCGGGCUAUCCGGGUGCGCCGGCGAUGACGGCGACGAGAGCUCGAGCCCGUCGCCGAACAGCAGUCUCCUGAAUAAUCUCAAUAAUAAUUGUAAUUCAAAUCGUCAAUGCGCAACCGACUUCAGCAUCGCUGCGAUCAUGGCGCGGGACUCGCGUCAACAGCAGCAGCAGCAACAGCAGCAACAGCAACAGCAGCAGCAGCAGCAGCAGCAACAGCAACAGCCGCAGCAGCAACCGCAACAACCACACCAUCAUAAACAUUCGCAACAGCAGGCCGUCGGAGGCGGAAAGUUGCAUCAACACGAAAGAGAAGCCAGCGGUUCUGGGGUCGCUCGAGGUGCCCCGCCAGUCUUGGAGACGAUCAAUCCGGAGGACGAGCCGGAAACGGACGAUACCGGAAGCACAAGUGGAAACGGCGUUUCGCCGGUGACGAAUCCUCUGCUUCAAGAACGCUCGAAUUGCGAGGAACUCAGGCACGUGGUGUGUCACCUCGAAACCAAGGAUCUCUGGGAUAAAUUCAAUGAGCUCGGCACGGAGAUGAUCAUCACAAAGACUGGCAGGCGGAUGUUUCCGACGUGUCGUGUCUCAUUCAACGGGUUGAAGGCGGACAGUCGAUACGCGGUCCUGAUGGAUAUUGUACCGGUCGACAAUAAAAGGUAUCGGUACGCAUAUCACAGGAGCUGCUGGUUGGUGGCCGGAAAGGCGGAUCCGCCGGCGCCAGCCCGACUUUACGUCCAUCCGGAUUCACCUUUCACGGGCGAGCAGCUCCGAAAGCAGGUCGUCUCCUUCGAGAAAGUCAAGCUCACUAACAACGACAUGGACAGGCAUGGGCACCUGGUGCUGAACUCCAUGCACAAGUAUCAACCGAGGAUCCACCUGGUGAAGCGACCAGACUCGGGCACGACGAAACCGAUCGUGGACCUCGAGAAGGAGCCGCACAAGACCUUCAUAUUCCCGGAGGCCAUAUUCACCGCUGUCACCGCCUAUCAGAAUCAGCUCAUCACAAAGCUCAAGAUCGACAGUAAUCCGUUCGCCAAGGGCUUUCGGGAUUCUUCUCGUCUCACGGACUUCGAAAGCUUCCCUUUUAGGGAGACGAUGGAAUCAAUGCUGGCAGAACAGCAAACGUUGAGGUUUCCGCAUCGGCUUCCCUUCGAAAUGGAGCAACUCCAGGCAGGCGCCGUGAACAAUCUCAGUCUUGAGGAGAAAGCGUUGUGGGCUGCGCGUUCUCAGAUGCUGCUGAGAGCAGCGGCGGCCGUAGCUGCUACCAAUCCUUACGCUCAGUUGGUCAAUCCCACUUUGGUUUAUCCGGGUGCUUCAGCCGCGGGCACCAGUCAUCAGCAGCAGCAACAUCAACAGCAACAGCAACUAGGUCAUUUAUGGUGGGCCUCUUCGAUUGGAUCUACUAUCUUUGCAGCGGCACAUCAUCAACAGCAGCUGGUCGCGUCCAGUUCCCAGCAGAAUACAACAGGGCCCGCGGCCCCUCGACCACUCUAUCCGUCGCCUCUUGCCUUGGGUCACAACCGAUUUUCGCCCUACCACACGACUGUCCCCAAGUCCUCAACGCCGGCUGCGCCGUCGCCGUCGCCGUCCAGAAGGGCCACGCCGUCGCCUACAGAUAGUCUCAGCAGGGAGGCCCAAGACCUUUCACCCUCGUAGUCCCUCGUGGUUUCAUUAGGAAAACAAUGAUCGCGAUUUUCUUUUAGAGAGACUCGAUAGAUCAAUUUCCUGUGGUUGAACUAGUGUACACUUUUGGAACUUAAAGUGAGAUAUAUGUUUGAUAUUUGGCGAAAAGGAAAGAAGAGAGUCUCAUGCAAAAAUAAAAAGCAGAAGGAGUUUCAUGUCUCAAACAUGUUAUUAAGACUGCAUGAGUUUUUUUCUCAUAUAGAAAAGGAAAUGCGUACAAUUGGAUUGUACAAUUGCGUUGCGUUUUUUAUGGAGGAAUCUAUUCUUCUCGAUGUGAUGAAAGUCAACUUUUCUCGACUAAAACCGAAAUGUAACAAUCAAUUCAUCUUGCAAUAUUCGUCUUCUUUCACUGAAAAACUGAUGAAACUUUUGCGCGCGCUGAUCGAUUUCCAUCGCAUUAUUUGAAAAAUAAAUGUGUAAAAGGAGCCUUAUGUCCAUUUCACCGAAUUAAGUUAAAUCAAGAUUAAAGUUAAUCUGUUUGGUAGAAAUAAGUGUUAUUCGAUUAUAAAGCGGAGGUGCCUAAUAAUAUUUCCUACAUGAAUUUUUACAUAGAUUUUUCAGUUCAGCAAAUUGCGUGCUGAUUAUUUGUCGGUCUUGAAAACACAAUCAUAAAUUGAAACAUGAAUUGUAAUAAGGUAAACUCGAAUAAAAUGGGCAUACAGAAAAGAUGGCCGUUGGCUUUCAGAAUGGCUACAAAAAUGCUUUAUUUAGCAAUUAUUAGAGAAAUUACAGCUCAUGAUCAUAGUA